AUGCUAUGUUCCCUGCGCCACCCGCGGGCAAGCCUCCUCCUCCGAGCACUGUCGCUCCGGGUCGGAGGCGUCUCGGCGGCUGCGGCCGGCGGCGCGGCCGAGGGCUUCCUCCAGCUGCCGCGCGGCAAGCCGCUGGCCAAGAUCUCGGCCGAGUAUGUGGAACCCCUGCCUCCAGCCGAGUUUGCGGGCAAGAUCACGGUGACGGCGAGUCUGGACGAGGCCAACGAGGCGGCGGCGGCGGCCGGCUGGUGGCCGCGGCGCGAGGAUCCAGCGCCCGGGGCCAGCAAGCCGCUGCUGCUGGGCAUGGACGCUGAGAACGCGCUCCACUGGGACCGGACGACGGCCAAGUCUGCACCGACCUGCGUGCUGCAGCUGGCGUCGGACAAUGCUGCACUAGUGCUGUCGAUCGCGCGGCCUGCGGCGCGGGCGGCGUUUGCUGAUCGCUCGCGGCCCAACGCGGUCCGCGACCUCAUCGAGGCGCACGACGUGGCGCUGGUGUGCCAGGGUGCAGCCGGCGACGUCGGUCCGCUGCACUCGGAGUUUGGCAUGUUUGGCUCCUCGUUUGUGGAUCUGCUGGAGGUUUCGGCCCUCGCUGGCCUGUAUCCGCUCAAGCUCCGCUACGCCGUGGCACAGGUCCUCCGCCUGCGGCUCUCCAAGAAGGAGCAGAUGUCCAACUGGCGCCGGUGGCCGCUGACCCCGUCGCAGGUUGCGUAUGCCGCCACUGACGCCUGGGCGCCGCUGGCUGUUUAUCGCGGCCUUGCUGCUGCGCAUCCGCAUCUCGCCGCGGCAGUCGAUGCCCAGCUUGCAGCCGGCGGCCCGCCGCCGGAGCCCGGCGCGCCGCGCCUGGUCGUCUCGACCCGCCGCAUGCUGGCCAAGCCACUGCCCGCCUGGGCAGGACCCGAACUCGCCGCCAUGCUCGAAACACCCUUUGACGAUGCCGCAUCGUGGCCGCACACCCACCCAAUGGUCCUCGUCAACAACCUGGCGUCAUACUACCGGGCCCGCGUCGUCCGCUCGCGCAAUCAUCUUGGUCUCCGGCUGCGUACGGCUGCAGCGACGCUCCGCACACCGCUUGACACCUCGCCAGGCUCCGACAAGCGGACCCGCCUCGCCCGUGCCGCCCUCGCCCUCCUCGCCGACCUGUCCGCCUCGCCAGAUCUCCAGGACGCGCUCAUCGAGUCGCGCCUGGCCGCACUUGCCGCCAUUGGCAUCGGCAUCGACAUCGGGAUCAGCAUCAUGCUGAUGAUCGGCAUUCGCAUGCGCGUUCACAUUCACAUCGAGCGGCUGACCCAGGAGAGCCUGGCCCAGGCUGGGGCAGCCGUGGCCGAGGAGAUGCGCGGAGGGCCGACCAUUGGCGGGCGCAAGUCUAUUGCUCCCGGGCGCAAGUCCAUUGCUCCCGGGCGCAAGUCUAUUGCUCUUCGUCAGCCGCGAAAGUCCAUCCUUCCGCCGCCGCUGCUGUCGGGCAUCCAGCUGACAGACCUGUACUCCAACUGCCUCAAGAUGUCGGCCGAGAACAAGAUCAACCAGAAGAACACCUGGGGUCUUAAUCUCAUCGACUACAUCGACGACAUUGUUGAGGAGGACGAAACCGACUUUGCCCGCGCUUCUUGCACCAUCGACGCCUCCAUCAAGAUCUACUCCACCCGAGUCGACGCUGUCCACAUCGACACUUACAAGGUCCUCGGCGGCCUUGCGCGCACAAAUGGCCCGGGCGGCGAGAACGGCGAGGAUGAUGCCGAUGCUGGCGGUGAGAACAAGGAGAACGACGAGUUUGAGUCGGAUGAUGACGACGACGAGUACAGCCCCGGCGGAAAGCGCAAGGCCAAGACCAAGACCAAGGACGCGAGGGCGGCCAAGGCCAAGGCCUCGGCAACACUCGAGGCCAACAUUGCCAACCUCAACACGGAUGCCCUCGACCUCGACUUUGACAUCGACCCGCUGUUUCAGAAGACCUCGGCCGAGUUUGACGAGGGCGGUGCUCGCGGCCUCCUCCUCAACCAUCUCACGCUCUCCGAGUACGGCCAGCUCAUUUUUGGCUCACACAUCUCCAUCUCGUCGGCCGGCGCCGGAGGCGCUACCCGCCCCGAGCCCGAGCCUAUCGACUUUACCGACGCCCGCAAGAUCUACGGUGAGCCCGAGUACGCCUCGCUCCAGAUUUGUCCCGAGUUUGUCACCUUUGCCGCCGCCCAGUGGGGCCGCAACGUAGGCCCGGCUCCUUCCGAUGCGCCUGCAGACGCGCCAGCAGAUGCUGCUGCAGACACUUCGGCGACCAGCGCGUCGCGUGCCGACUUUUUCGCCGCCAUGGCCGCCACCACCAGCGGUGUCGAGGAGGCCGUGUGGGAGGAGGCCGACUUUGACGACGACGACGACGACGACGAUGCGGGCGCUGGCUCGUUCCGCCUUCACGACUCGGGCCUCUCGGCCGCCUCGCUUGGCAUGACUUCGUUCUCGUCGGCGGGCACCUCCUCGUCCGAUGCGCUCGCCUCGCUCUUUGGUGCCGGCCACGCCACCGCCGCCGCUGCCUCGGCCCUUGACUCGGUCCUCCGCAUGACCAAGGAGUCGAGCGUGGCCUCCGAGUACGGCUUCUUUGCCCCAGGCGCCGUCAAGUCCUGGGCUGGGCCAACCAACUGGAAGUACUCGGGCUCGGCCCGCGCCCGCGCCGCCGCCAAGUCGGACGGCUCGGCAAAGUCCAAGAAGGCCAAGUUCUUCCUCCAGCUCGCGCCGCCCCUCGCCAUCGACCUCGCUACACUCGGCAAGACUUCGUCCAAGUCGACCACCCUCAAGGCUUCUACUCUCGCCAAGGCGUCCAAGGACGCCCACCUCCUUCCGCCCGACAUCCACUACGACAUUGCCGAGCUCACCCACUUUGCGCUCCGCCCCUCGUUUGCACUCUCGCUCCCCGGCGCUGCCGCCGCCCACCACCCCACCUCGAUGGCCGCGGCGCUCUCGAGCCGCGGAGGCGGCUUUGGCGGCUUUGGCUCCGACAACGACGACGAUGACAACGGCGAAUGGGCGUUCUUUGGUGACGCUCCGGACGCCCCCGGCGCGGGUACCGACCUCGGCGACGCCGACGUCGACCUGCUCGACGAUCCGCGCCGCGUUGCCAAAAUCGACAUCAACUACGAGCGUGUCGCCAAGAAGGUCGAUGUCAAGGCGCUCAAGCGUGGCGUCUGGGCACAGCUCACGGUCGACGAGCCGCGUGAGGCGCUGGCGUCCAAGUCGGCCCUCCCGCCGCGGAUGGACGACGAGCGGGCCGUCACCUUUUCGUCGGUUGUCGCCGACCUGCCAUCUACUCUCCCGCGCCGCGUCAUGCAGGAUGCCUCGGUGCCCUUUGCCUUUAUCUGCCUCUUGCACCUCUGCAACGAAAAGGGCCUCAUGAUCGAGGGCUCGCCGGACAUGACCGACUUUGUCGUCCGCCAGGAUCCCGACGUCGUCGAGCCCGAUACGCACUGACUGCUUAAACUGUAC